CAGUGAAGUAUGUGUUUUAAUCUGCAGUUUGUGUGGCGGAACUCGAUUUAAACCCCCACAACAGAGCAUGUCCCGCCUGCCAGUAAUGUCAAGUAAGAGGGUACUGGCGUGCAGCAGCGCGGAGAACGCCCAGGACUUGGCACCUGCACAGAAGAGACUCCGUAAGGAUGCAGAUCCGGUUAAACCAGCGGCUACGGUCAUUGGUACCAAGCGACCUGCUCUCGCAGCAACUCGAGCACCUAUCUCUAGGCCACUCAGAGCUACAGGAGCUGCCACUGUAGCUGCAGCUCCGUCUAGAGGUGUCAUUAAGCAAUCUGUAGCUUCAACUGCAGCAAAGGGAGGCAACAUGAAACAACCCGUUGCAUCCACCGGCACAAAAACAGGUGGAACACAAAAACGAAACCCUUGGGAUCUGAAGGGCAAGGUCAGCGACAUGGAGGAUAAGGUCCGUAACUACCAAAUAAAAGUUAAGACUCUGAAUCAGGAAAAUGAGGUUCUGCAAGACUCGGUGUCCCAGAGCCAAGGUAAUAUCAGAGUGUUCUGCAGAGUGCGUCCUCUGGUAGGUGGAGGCUUUCCCAAGCAUAUACAACUCGCCACAAGUGACAAUAAAGCGAUAACGCUGGCUAAAACCGAGGAGUCUCACACGGGCAAAACUGCUGACACUCAGAAGAAUUACAACUUCAGCUUCGACCGUGUGUUUGGUCCUCGGGCCUCCCAGCAGGAGGUCUUUGAGGAGAUCUCACUGCUGGUGCAGUCAGCACUGGACGGCUACAACGUCUGCUGCUUUGCCUACGGUCAGACCGGAAGUGGGAAGACGUACACCAUGGAGGGGGACGAGUUUGACGAGACCAGAGGUGUCAUUCCCAGAGCUGUGCAGCAGAUCUUUAAAGCUGCAGGAAAACUGGGAGAACAAGGCUGGGAGUUCACGUUCACAGCGAGCUUUGUUGAAAUUUACAAUGAGACCCUGAGGGACCUUCUGUACACCGGCAAGUCCAGCAAGAGACCUGAGCACGAGAUCCGCAAGACAACCAGCAACGAAGAGAGUUACGUUCCCUACAGGAACUCGAAGCUCACCUACCUCCUGCAGGGAUGUUUGGGGGGAAACAGCAAAACCUUGAUGUUUGUUAACAUCGCCCCAGAGCCCGACAGCUUUGGGGAAACUCUGAACUCAUUGAGGUUUGCCAGCAAGGUGAACGACUGCGUCAUCGGGACAGCGACUGCCAACAAAAAGUAGAAAUUAUUUUAAAAAAAUCCUGAGUUUUCUACUUUUAGGUUCAUCUCAGGUUUCCACGCUCGCUGAGUUUGACAUGCUCACGGAGUAUCUAUACAUGUAAAAAUGUCAUUUCUUCUAAUUAGUACUUCAAACAACUUGUCUGAAUCUAAAAUGCUUCAAACCUUCCAUAUAUCUGUACUUGUGUGUAGUGAUGCUAGCUUCACCACAAAAGAAGUUGCCGUGCAUUUCAAUAAAAAGAAAAAAGGAAAAAAAAAUUGAUUUCACUGCAGAUUUCACACAUUUAAGCUUUUCAUUGGGCCGUUCUUGACUAUAUUUUAUAUUUGUGCUCUGAAAGCAGGGCGUCAGUGUUUAGUGUUUUUUCAAAGCAGCUGUUUUAGCAUGAAGUGAGAGGUAAACUCAGAAAUUACUGAUUUUUGAUUAAUGUAACUCUUGUGUUUACCUGCUGUUGGAAGUGAAUGACGGUAACAUUGAGUGUUUUCACCAAUGUUAGAUUAUGUUUGUAUAUACUGUAUAAUGGCUAUUUUACAAGUAGUAUGUUUCGUGGGAAUUAAAUGUUUAUUUUUGACAUGUACGCCAUUACAUUUACUCUACAAAUAAAACCACAUUUAAAGGCUGUUGC